GCAUAUAUACUCGAAGGACCCGGUUUGUUUAAAUGGAUAUGAGCAUCGUACUGGACUUUAUAUCCGAUGACCAAAUAUCCAGUGUUUGGGUAAAAUAUUUGCGACGCGAAUUAAACAUGCCUCACAUAUAUAAUAUCACGACGUUGGGCUGUAUAAAACCAUGGGCAAUGUGAUACUCUUAAUAUGACUAUUAUUAGUUCGGUGGAAUUAUACAUCCUUCACUAUCUGUCCUGUUAAACAAAUGGACCCAAAUAGUAGUUAGGCUAAAGAUUUGAACACCAUUUUUAGCACAUAGAGAAAAAAUAUGACGAGUCUUUUCUAUCUUUCACUGGUGAAUUGAAAAGGCCGCUAGUUAUUACAAGUGUGACUUUAGGCUCAUUUUGGCUUCUUGCAAUCCUCAUUGCAAUGUAUUGGUUCCAUAGACAAAAGAAAAUAAAGAGAGAGGAUCAUCUAAAGAUUGAGAGGUUCUUGGAGGAUUAUAAAGCUUUGAAGCCAGCAAGAUACUCUUAUGCCGAUAUCAAGAAAAUUACAAAUCAAUUUAAGGACAAAGUAGGCCAAGGAGGAUAUGGAACAGUUUAUAGGGGACAACUUUCCAAUGAUGUUCACGUCGCUGUUAAGAUACUCAAUAAUACUAAGGGAAAUGGCGAAGAGUUCAUUAACGAAGUGGGAAUAAUUGGUACAAUCCACCACAUCAAUGUGGUUCACUUAGUUGGAUAUUGUGCUGAUGGAUUUAGAAGAGCUCUUAUAUACGAGUUCUUACCAAAUGAUUCCCUAGAAAAGUUUACAAUAUCUGAUCGCGACAAGCAUUUACUUGGUUGGAAAAAGCUUCUAGAAAUUGCUAUGGGUAUAGCUAAAGGUAUUGAGUAUCUUCACCAAGGGUGUGAUCAACAAAUCCUUCAUUUCGACAUUAAACCACAUAACAUUUUGUUUGACGAGAACUUGAAUCCGAAGAUAACGGAUUUUGGUCUAGCAAAGUUGUGUUCAAAGGAACAAAGUGUUGUAUCCAUGACUACUGCUCGCGGUACCAUUGGCUAUAUUGCACCGGAAGUGUUCUCAAGGAACUUUGGGAAUGUAUCAUGCAAAUCAGAUAUUUAUAGUUUCGGAAUGUUGUUGCUUGAAAUGGUAGGAGGGAAGAAGAAUUUUGAUGUUAUGGUCAAUAGCACCAACCAAAUUUACUUUCCUGAAUGGAUUUACAAUCGUUUGGAUAGUGGAGAAGAGCUAAGAAUCCGUAUUCAAGAUGAAGGAGAUGCCAAGAUUGCAAAGAAGUUAGCAAUUGUGGGACUUUGGUGCAUUCAAUGGUAUCCAGUUGAUAGGCCUUCAAUAUAUGUUGUGAUUCAAAUGCUGGAAGGAGACGGAGACACUCUAAUCAAGCCUCCCAAUCCAUUUGUCUCCGCAAAUCCACCAAGGGUCACAGGACAAGCUAGCAGAAGGCCUCAUAACAACGAGUUGGAAACUCUUGUUGAGUGUGAGCGAGAAAGAUAUAUAGUCUCUAUCUGUUGUAUCGUUGAGCCUAAGUAGAAAUCUCCCUAUCAUCAAUUGACAUGUGACAAAAUUUUGACCUACCAAUGUAUAGCCUUGGCAUACAACAUUUAUUGCGCUUCGAGCUGGGUUAUUUG